AAACAAGUCCACGAUCACUGUAUCUUCUUGUUUGAUCGAUUUGACUCGCCCAAAAAGCCGUCGCUCAAAAUUAGCAAAACAAACCCCAAUGGGUUCUAUUCUGUCAAGUUUAACCGGGGGCGGAGAGGCGGCGGCAUCUGAGUCGGCAUCGGCCGAGGCGUCUGGAACAUCUCGCGUCACCGCCUUCCAUUCCUCCCACCGCUGGCAGCUCCACUUUAAUUCUUCCAAGCAACUUAAUAAACUGAUUGUGGUCGAUUUCUCAGCAACAUGGUGUGGCCCCUGCAAAUUCAUGAAGCCGAUCUUCAAUGAGAUGUCUUCCAAAUACACUGAUGUCGACUUUGCCAAAAUCGAUGUAGAUGAACUCUCUGAUGUGGCAAAGGAAUUCGGGGUACAGGCAAUGCCAACAUUUGUGCUGUUCAAGCAAGGGAAAGAAGUGGAGAGGGUGGUGGGAGCCAAGAAAGAUGAUCUUGAGAAGAAAAUCCUCAAGCACAGGGAAGCCCCCAAAUUUGCUGCUUAAUUUUACACUACUAAUUGAAACAAUCCCAAAAUGAAAAAUAAAUGCAAAUUGUGGGUUGUAAGUCUAUUAUUUGAUAAAUUAUUGAUGUUAUGGGAUUGAAUCAGAUUGUCACGUAUUACGAGUUCAUUAAAUCAAAAUCCUAUUACUUGCAAUGGAAACUAUGUGGUGUUUGGUUUCAAGGGUUUUAAGUUUUCGAGAUUGUAUUAUUUCAUUCCUUAUAAGGUUUAGUUUCUUCUUGUUGUCGUCUGACAUGAAUCGAA